AUGUCUCAUCAGUCAUUUACUGAAAUCACUGACAUCCCACAAAGACAGUCCUCGUCCCCGCACCUGAUCGAGUUUGCGGAAGCAAUCUUCAACUCCGGCUGUCCUCUCACUCACUGUUGGGGUUUUAUCGAUGGCACCGUGCGUGGCAUUGCAAGGCCCAAGUACUGGCAGCGACUGUUCUACAAUGGGCACAAGAGGAAGCACGCAAUGAAGUUCCAAGGGGUAAUUACACCAGACGGGCUAUUUGUGGAUCUGUGGGGCCCCGUGGCGGGGACACGUCAUCACAGCUUUAUUCUAGCGCAGUUUGGGUUGAUGGAGAAGUUGUCGAUGCAAAACAGCCCUAUAGGCCAUCCGUACUAUUUGUACGGAGAUCCGGCGUAUGGACUGAGUAACCACCUUGUCUGUCCUUUUAGCGCGUCAAGUGCGGGCCCUCUAACGCCAGAGAUGGCCGACUUCAACAAGCGUAUGAGCCACUGCCGCGUAACGGUGGAGUGGGGAUUCAAAGAGAUGACCGGCAAGUGGGCCUUUGUGAGCAUGAAGCCGCAGCAGAAAUUCUUGCUAAGCCCUGUCGCCAAGCAGUACCGGGUAGCCACUCUGCUUUCUAACUGGCACUCAUGCAUGAACGGGGGCAACGAGAUUUCGCAAUACUUUGGCGUGGUGCCACCCACUUUCGAGGAGUACGUAGCGGUGUAAAUCAUGAUGCACCCACGUUGUGUGAUAAUUCUAGGCCGCUUCGGUGUUCCAGGCGUAAACCAAGACAAAUAGCCGUUUGCUGGCGUGAGCAAGUCGCGCACGAUAAGCUUUCCAAUUUUAUGUGAGUUUCGAAUGAUCAGCGCCAAGAUUAUUUUUUCUCCUUGGUCGUUUAGGUGGGCUAACGCGGGCGAUGCAGAGGGCAGGCACGGACGGUGUAUGUAUAUCGUACGGAUGUAAAAGCAUUGCGUAACAAUCGGAUGCCGCGUUUUUUGGGGACAGUUAGUUAGGACGGUUUGAACGGUUAACUUCUUGGGAGUUAAAGUGUUUGGUGCGAAGAAGUCGUCUCCUCCUUGCUGGCCAUUUAUUAUGUGGGCAAACGCGAGCGGAUGCAUAGGGGAAGUACGGAAUGUAUCGUGCGGGGGAAGCACUGCGCAAAAGACAGACGCCACUUGUUGAAUGCCAGUUUCAUUUUUCAAUUGUUCCUCCUGAUAAAACCCUCCCCAGAACAGGCAAGCCUCCCCCGAAAAAAACGCGC